GGGAUUUGACCCUACAAAUCGCUGGGAUACAAAGAAACUCCAAGGGGAAUCACCCAGCCUUACUUUCUAUCAGCCGUAGAAUUUCGAUAUGUCUGAUUCAAAAUUGCAUUUCCCCGCCAAGCAGACAAGUCCAAAUUCACGGAAGUCCGCGAAUACGAGGACGGGAUGAUAGAUUAACCGCGGGGUAUCCCCUAGAGGUCAUCCUCUCCCCCUACCCCUCCCACUGGUUCCAGGCUUGUUCUUAGCAUUUCAUUUUCGCCGCUACGGUACGCUUCGAACGGUGCUUUUUCAGAUCAGCUUGUCCGAGUUGUGGACAUUACAAAACUUGCUUCCUCUGUGCGAUGGCGUUGCUCUAUCGAGGUGAAUCACGAUGGAAGAUUCUAAAGCAUCCUGUGUUCUGGAUUAAGGUCAUCGAGAUUGUCCUCUGUAUAAUCAUUGCCCCCUUAUGCAUCUCAUACAGUGACAAGGCAGGAGUAUAUAUCAGAAACAGCGACAAAAGUUUUAACAUCACCGUCAAAUACCCAUUUGAUUACAACAACAGAACUGUGGUGUUCACAGAUGAAGAUGAGCCACUCGAUAGCUUCAACUUUGACCCAGCCAUUCAAGUUUGUGUACGGCUGUUUGUUGCUGUUGUCAUAGUAACAGGAAUUACUGCAGCUGUGACAUUGUUGAUGUCGUGUGCAGUUCAUAAAAAUGAGCGUGUCGCCAACAAAGUUUCAAUUGCAGAGAUAUUUGUGACUGUUGUGAUGGCAUUUCUACUUGUCAUAAGCACUAGCCUGUGGCUGUAUAACCUUCUUGACUUGAGGAAAGAGGUGGAAGAUGAAGUUGUCAAUGCUAUCACAUCUCUCGGGCCAGUAAGGUGCAAGGAUUGUGUGGAAUUCCUGCCAGAUUAUUCUGCACUAUUUGCUUCAGUGGGCCUUGCUUACUUGCUGUUUUUGAUAUGGCUGUGCAACACAGUUCUGGUUUUCCGUGACACUGUGAUGACUUCUGAUGAAGUGAAUGCUUCCAGUUCUUUAAUCUGGGCUCAGGAGCUGUCAGAGAAAACUCCUGAAACUAGAACGAAAGAGACUAGUGCUUAGAAGAGAACAAGAUAUGAAAGUGGUCAAAGUAACUGUACUACUGGGCAAAUAACCACCCAACCCCCCAACCCUCCAACUGCCCACCCCCCCCCAAAAAAAAACAUGAAAUAUAUUGUCUGCUUUCUGUCCCAAGAGGGAGAGAGGGUGUUAAUGAAGAAAACCAAUUAUUGACUGGGACAUGCUAAUAAAGUUUUAAUUAAAUGCUCAUUAAAUGCUCUCUUGAUUAGAGCAAAGAAUUGUUUACAAUUUUUUCAUGCCCUUUAUUUAAACUAGUUACACUGAAUGUAAAAAAGGUUAUAAAUAUGAACUUGGAAAUUAAUUGUGUCUGACAUUAUGGACAAUCUCAAUCCUACCCCUCCCCCACAGGUGUCUAUAAGCACAUGGCAAAACUCCCUUGCACCACGCUGUGAGUUCUUCCCAUCCCUCCCUCUAGUUUCUAUAACACCAACAAAUUAGGUAAUAUUAAUCCCAUCUGCUAAAUUUAGAAACAAUUCAUAUUUCCAUGGAAUGCAUCAUCUUCUAUAGUUUGAUCAAAGGAAAUUUGCACCCCUUUACAGUUACCACAAGUAUGGCUGUUUGCCACCAGUACAGUAGGUUUGACCACUUCAUUGAGGUGUUAAGCCAUCGUUUGUAUCUAACCCUUUCACUCUCAGCUAGUGCCACAGCUCAAAAUUAAAAAGGAAAUAUUCCAAUGUUGAUUAGAGGUACUUUCCAAUAGCUUUUAGUUGAAUGGACAUGUACUAGGUUUUCAUCCACAGACUUAAAAGUCAGAACCACCUUACACAGUAUGAUAAACAGUAACCCAAUGGUUCUGUUCAGUAGCUUUCAUUUGAAUAGCCGCACCUUAGGAUUUGAUUCAUAGACGUCAAAGUUUGAACUGUAUUGACCUCAAGGUUCAACCCCACUGGUAGUGAAAGGGUGAGGUCACAUCAAAAUAACUGUAGAAGCUGUGACAAACUAAGGAAAGUCCCCUAAAUUUAACUAAAAUGCACCCCUGUGACAAGAGAGAGUUAACUGAGUAGCUUAUGCUGUUAGUUUGGUCAUUCUCAAUCCCUUUGAAACAAUUUCUGUGAGUUUUCCAAGCUUCAAUAUGAAAUUGAUGUGACUUAAAUGCUACAUGCAUACAUAAGGUCUUCAUUUCCUAUAAAUACAUUUUACUUUUUUGGGAUAAUUAUUUUGAUCUUGAAGACAAGAAAAUUUUAGAUAAUAGUUAAAUGCAUUUAAAAUUUUUGCUACAGAAUAGCCAGCAUAGCCAGUAAUAUUUCAAGUAAACAGUUUGUUCACUUGGUUGAUGUAACUAGUACAUUAGAUUAGGUAGCAUAUUUUAAAGUGUUUUAUCUCAAAAAUAUAUUUCUCCCAAUUUAUUAUAAUUAUAUUUCUUCAUUGUUUGGGUUUCCAUUAUUAAUAGUAAAUAUGUACAUUUAUGAGAUUGUGUGACAAAUUAAGCACUGUUUAAAGCUCUUGGAAUGAAAUAUAUUGAAAUAUUGAUUGAAGUCAAUCAAAUGCAAUUUAAGAACAAUAUGUUUUAUAUGAAUAUUAAAGAAUCAAUCUAUUUUUUUAAAAAA